AGGAAAAGCUUCCCUUUCUAUUCUGCCGAACCCCAUCAUCUGCAAUUCUUCUUCUUUUAAUCCGGGGGGAAGGGGCGGUCAAGAGGCGUGAAAGUUUUGACGGAAAUGCCAAGGUGUAACUUUCUCCACAAAGAAAACUUACAAGGAUUCUGAAAGCAGAAGUUUCAGAUUCUGGCUGGGAUGAUGAAAACAUCGAUGGGAAACCAGGGAAGCGGGCCUGCUACAGAAACUGGAGAGGAGGAGGAAGACAAAGGUCCCUCAAGUCAGCCUGUUGCUCUGAGGAAUUGUUUUCACCUGCAGAGGAAUAAUAUCCUUGAGAAGCUCAUCAAAACCUGCCCAGUUUGGCUCCAGUUUGGUAUCAGUCUGGAAAAGGCUUCUGACAUCCUCUGCAAGGAACUAUCGGGGAUAUUUAUGGUUCGGAAAGAUGAGACCCUGAAAAAUCUAUUCCUGUUAGUUCAUUUUCCAGUCCAGAAAGAGGGGUGUGACAUUCUAGAAUACAAGAUAAAAGAAGAAAAAUCUUUAUUGCACUUGGAAGGAUCACUUCUUGUGUUUGAAGACAUCUUCAAACUGGUGGCGUUCUACUGUGUCAGUAGAGAUCUGCUUCCGUAUACAUUAAGAUUGCCACAAGCAAUUUUGGAAGCUAAUAGUGCCACGGAAUUAGAAACCAUCUCUGAUUUGGGGAUAGGUUUCUGGAGCUCCUCUUUACAUCAAAGACAAGGAAGAAGGCUUCUCCAUUCUGUGAAAGACCCUGCUUACAUCACAGCUCAGGCAAAAAAAGGAAAGAACCCCUGCCAGCCUUUUGCAAGCGGCACGAACAAUUGUUCAUAUGAAACUGAGCUGUCAAUAGGAAGUGACAAGCUGUGGUUUGUAAAUCCUAUUUUUAUAGAGGAGAGCAGCUAUCAAUUUCCCCCACACGUUUCUCCUUCAGAGAUCUUCAGGGAGAGUCCUUCUGACGGUAGAAACCUUGUGACAAAACCUCCAAAGAGAUCUCCUACUCGACGUCCCCCUCCUCCUCCUCCUCCUCCUCCUUCUCUUCCUCCUCCUUCUCUUCCUCCUCCUCCUCCACCACCACCACCACCUCUAUUGUCCUUUCAUGCUGUGAAACAAGCCAAAACAUCUUCUAUGACCCCUUCCAAAGAGGAUCAAUUCCAAAAUUUGAAGAAAACCAAAAAGGAGAUGAAAACUGAAAUUAGCAAAGACAAGGAAGAUAGCAGACAAGAGAUCUUUUUUCCUCAUAGCCUUCCAUCUACAGAUUCAAAGAAGUUUCCUCCAUCCAUUCCACCAAGGCGAUGUUUAUCUGAGAGAACUUCAAGAAACUCUUCCUUGGAUAAAAGUCAGGAAUGUUCCCUGCCAGAAGAAAAACAAGUCGAAAAACAGAAUAGGAGGAAUGCAACUUUGGCUAACGAUUACCAGGGUGAUAAAGCUCCAGACUUAUUGGUGGAAGUGACAGAGAACUCUGCCUCAAAUGCUCAAAGCUUGAAGCCUGAUGAAGAAGACAAGAAAGAACUUACAGAACAGCAGCAGAAUUUAUCAUCGGGAAAAACCUCCCAACCUCCCAUCCCACCACUAAGAAAGAAGAAGUUCGUUAAACAGUCAUCAUCUACCAGCUCCUUUUCUUUGGAGCAAAAGACCAUUGAAGAGCCAGAAGUUCAACCAGUGAAUAAAUCAAGAAUAGAAAAAACUUGCUCCCUUUCCAAAAAAGAAUCAAAAUCUCAUCUUGAGCUUGUCAGCAUAUCAGAUUGUGAACGUUCAAGUGAUUCAUUGCAUUCUCCUGUAGGCAGCGCAAGGGCUCAAAUGUCUGCCUCUGAGCCAGAUUCUUAUUCUACAAGUAGCACUGAAGAUGAGUUCGAACUGAGGGCCAGUCCUACAGUGAAGAAGUCCCAUUCGAUGAUUUUAGGCAGGGCCAAGCGUCGUCUGUCCAUGGUCAGCCUAAGCAAUGUCUUCACAGCAUUUCUCUCUUCUGACCGAAAGCUCCAGAAGAAGAUUGUGGAACUAGCCCAGGAUAAAGACUCUUACUUUGGCAACCUGGUGCAGGACUAUAAAGUCUACAGUCUGGAGAUGAUGGCAAAGCAGAUCUCCAGCACAGAAAUGCUACAAGAGAUUCGCUUAAUGAUGACACAAUUGAAAAGUUACUUAAUUCAAAGUACCGAGCUGAAAUCUUUAAUGGACCAGACUGUUCAUACAGAUGAGAAGCUAGAGAUGAUAAUAGAAUCAGCUUUGCACAAAUGUGUCUUGAAGCCUUUAAAAGUGCCCAUUGAUAUUUACCUACGGGAAAUCCAUAACAAAGAUGGAUCUUUCAAACUCCUAAAGGAAAACCAGCAAGUCAUACAAAAUACAACUACAACCGACUUGGGAGUCACCACUAGUGUGCCUGAAUCUGCAUUGCUGGAGAGAAUAUUCCAUAAAUUCACAACCAUGACCAAGGCUUAUUCUCCAGAAAAGAAAAUCAGCAUUCUCCUGAAGUCUUGCAAACUCAUUUAUGAUUCUAUGACUCAAGGAAACCCAGGGAAGCCUCAUGGAGCAGAUGACUUCCUCCCAGUGCUCAUGUAUGUUCUGGCCCGCAGUGACCUGACAGAGAUGAUUCUCAAUGUAGAGUAUAUGAUGGAACUUAUGGACCCUGCCCUGCAGCUGGGUGAAGGUUCUUAUUAUUUAAUCACCACUUAUGGGGCAGUAGAACUUAUCAAAAGCUAUGAUAAGAUCGCAGGCACUCGACAGCUAAGCACUGAAGUUCAAGAUUCGAUCCACCAAUGGGAGAGACGAAGAACACUUAACAAAGCCCGGGCAUCUCGAUCAUCUGUUCAGGAUUUCAUUGCAAUUUCUUUUAUGGAGGCCGAGGCCAAAGCAAGGACCCUGGCAUAUCAGACCAAUUCCACAACUCACCAGCUGAUUCAGCAGUGCGCUGAGAAAUUUGAAGUCUCAGAGCCCCAGGACUAUGGGCUGUUUGUCCAAGUUGAUAACAAAACUAUGCAGAUGGAUGAUGACGCCCUCCCUCAUCAGAUCAAAUCCCAUCUGCUGAAUAAAGAGCCCAGGCUGACUUUCUGCUUUAUUUAUAAACAACUUAGUGGAGAAGAGUCACCAGUUCCAGUUAUCAAGGACACAGAUGCCUUGUAGCAGCAAGGCUACUCUCUUGAAGCAAACUUGGUUUAGAAGUUUCUUCUUCCAAAUCAUCUCUUCCAGCAGCAGAAACUCUCCAAAAUACAGUUUCUGCUCUGGGUGGUGACAUGGAUAGCAUAUGCAACCCUCCUCUGGGGCAUUCACUUGACAGAAUUCAUAUGCAGUCAUAAAUGGAAUACCCAAGGAAAGUUCAUUUUUGGAAGGAAAACAGCAACAACCCUUGAAUAAUAGUUUGGAGCCUCAAACCAUAAAUGGAUGGUGUUGAUGCCGCUGUCAGGGUUCUGGCGAUCUCCCUAAUUAAAUCAUGAGCCUCGAGCCAUAGUUGACAGCCAGAUUCCCUGGCACAAAGUAAAUGGUCUUGAAGUUAUGGACCUCCUGGCAAAUUGUUAGACAUUGUAGCAUCAUUGCCUCAGUGUAUAAUAGAAAGGGUGCAAGUCAAUUUUGAUGGUCAUCACAGAAAAUCCAAAUUGAUUGGAUUUCCCUUUAGUAGAACAAAAAAAUAAUAAUGAAUUAAGUAGCUCAGAGUAUUUAGAUUCUCACAUAUCCCGCCUGAGAUGCCCUACAAUGCCAUCCAAUGGUAAACUGACGUGGGAGGCUGUAGAUGUCUGUGCACUUACGUAAAAUCUCAGUGUAUCAAUAUAGUACCUACUGAAAUUAACAACAAAAAAAUCUGACAGGCCAUCUCUCAUAUUUUUUCUAUGUCUUUGUUAUAUUCUCUAUUUGCACACAUUGUAUCACAGCCAAUUCAAACCCAUCUUUAUAUUUCCUGGUACAAAAUAUUUGCCAUGAAUACACAAUUGACAGUCAAGAGUCUGGCCAUAAAUUAAUGUAGAAAUGUUUUCAUUCCAUGUCUCCUCUAUCUCCAUUAUCGUUCAUAAAUUCAUUCUUAGGAGUGUAUCAGAAAGCAAUUUUGCACCAGUAAUUUACUUCUCAAAGGAGAAGAACUAUAUGCCCAAAGUAGAAGCUUUACUUUUGCAUGUCAAGCCUUCUAUAUAGGACUGACAAUGAUACCUGUUAAAAACCAAGGAGAACUGUUGACAGUCAGAUUAGGGGUGUGUGCCAGAGUCUAACUCUGCAUAAGGUAACCCACCUUUAUACCUGGAUGAAGAAGGAAAGCAACAGCAUAAGAAAUGACAAGAAUGGAGAGGGCAAAGAAAAAGAACAUUAUUAUAACAAAUGUUUUCACGAAUCACAGACCACUUCAUUUAUCUAUGUCUUUAAGCUGUCAUACGAUUCCUCAUUGUUAUAACAGGGGCUAUGAAAAAACAGUUGAUUUGAGGAAUCAUUGUUGUCUUCUAUUGUUGGUCCUCUGUAAAUUUUGCUCUGGAUACAGAAUGUGGCUCUUCAAAGCUCUCCACAAUAAUACAAAGCAAGAGACACAACCUGGCCCUGAGAAGCUGAACUAACGUAAGGAUGAUGGUUUUCUCAUACGAGUCUCGUUCAGCAAUAAUACAAAGUUGUGAUGGUACUGAAUGAAUUGUACUUGCAACUGGUCCUUGAAGUUUUGAUAGUGAUCUGGGCAUUUGGCAACUUGUUUGCACUUAUGAUGCAUCUCAUAGUCACGUGGUCCCAAUUGGAACUUUCCUUGUUGGCUUCCCACAAGCAAAAUCAAUGGGAAAGGUGGUAAGUCACUGUGGUCUUUGCAUGUUUGCACUCUUCUCACACCUGCUUCCCACUCACCAUUCCCCACCCAGCAGCCAUCCUGCACUUUCACUGUGCCUUGUGGGCUACUUACAUAGGUAAGUAGCCUCCCCUUCUGGGAAGCUACUUACCUACCUGUUGGUCUGCUUGUGAGUCUCCUGGGACUCGCUUAGCAAGCUGCAAUCCUCACCAAACAAUAAUGAUGGGGAAGUGCCAGGAUUGCUGUCACAUGAUGUCACAUUUAGUGAAAGAAAUUUCAGUCCCAUUUACUGUUAUUAAUCAAGGAAUACCUAUAUCUAUUUGCCUGUUUGCCUAUUUUGUUUGGCAUCUAAUUUUGGCAGCUGUUUGGCUUACCAUUGAUCAGUUAGGAUGCUGAACUGCUCUGGCAGAGCCUGAAAUCAAUAGGUAGUUUUGUUAGGUAGCUCUGCUGGACUGAUAUAUUGUCAUCUCAGUGUAAGAGGCCUUUUCUGCCACACAAAAAAUGUACCUUCCAGUUAUGUAUGAUUUCUUUUAAAUCUGAUAUUGAGAAGUAUGUCAUCUUUAUCAUAGCAUUUCGUAAGAUCUGUGCUCUAAGAAGACCUUCAGAAAUGUAUUUAUUUUCUUGAUUUAUACUGUGUAUUUUAAGGUAAUAGAAACCAUGUUAACAAAGACUUUGGAGUGGAAAAGCUUUAGUCACCCAGAUAGUCUCUCUUCAGUCCUCUUAUAUCAGUCUGAUAAAGCAGUUUAGAAGGCCACAAGAUAACCUUUUGUACUCAGGGUCUAGAAGUGAUGUGGCUACUUGUAUGAAUUGUCUGUAUCUCUUCAAAUAAUUCUGCAUUAUUGUGUGAGUUUAUAAUAUAAACCAUGUGUUGUCUGAGGACAUUCCUCCUCCCAGAUAUGCUUGUUUUCUAUCAUUGUCAACUUUGCCAUUAAAUUCCCA